AUGGAAGAGGUUGCCCUACUCCAGAGGUCUGUUCAAGAUGAGGCUCCGAACUCUGAUGGUCAACGGCUUCAGAAUGCAGUUGUGGAAGACAAGGGACAGCGGCUCAUCUGUUCUUGCAACUGCGCCAGAGAUCACGUCUUCUACAACUCCUCCAACACCCGGCACGUGGGCAAAUAUCAAAUGGCACUGAUGGACCAGAACGACGCAUACCGCGUUGGGGAUUUGCUGUGGCACAGAGGUUCUCCGAAGCACGCGCGCUGGAGAGCAGAUUCGAUAGCCAUACUUUGCAACUCGGCGUUCCGGGGCACCUUGAUGCGCGAGAUGCUGCGAAGUGCUGUCCUUGUCGAUAACCACGCCAUUGCACCUAGUGUGAGCGAUCAGGAUCUGGAGAGCAUGCUCAGUUCACGAGGCGAGGGCCGCGUGGGCUACGCGUACGCAUCGGGCGAGACGGGUCCCAACAACCUGACCUUGCCAAGCACAGCCGAAGCUUGGGCUGGGCUGAGUCAUGUUGUCGGCCUUCGCUACAGAUCCCUGGGUCCGAGCCCUGACGAUGUUCUGCUAGUGCCACUGCGCUUGGGCGAUGAGCCGCGAUGGCGGCUGCAGGACGUCGAAGAGUCGCUGAAGCUGUUUUUGACUCCCGGGCGGAGAGUUGAACGAGCCGAAGUCUCAGGUGCUCUGCACUAUCCGGCGACCUCGGAAGUUGCAGCCAGAUACUACAACGACACGUCUUUGAGGUCCAACGAGCAAAGACUGGAGCAGGUGGUCCAGAAGCUGAAGCAACAUCAGCUUCAGGUGACCCUGCGGUCCGAGCCAAACGCGGACGAAGACCUGCUGCACAUUCUCCGAAGCAGGUAUGUCUUGCCGAUCACAAAUGGUGGGGGCUUGCAAGACGUGGCGCUAAAGCUGCGGCAGCUGCUGCGCGGACCAAGGUUUCUUUCUUUCUUGGGCAUGGAAGGAUCCGGCCAAGACGACUUGAUCCCAUUUGUCCGCAAGAUCUUGAAGAGUGUCAACGCCAUGGCCUUGGAUGCACCCGUGGAACACAGUACUGCUGUGACCUUCCAGGGUGGCCAGCAGCUCUUCAAUGCAUUCCGGGCCGGCCACCGGCAAGCUUUCGGACUGGAGCUCUUGCAGAUGCCGCCAAACCUCAUCGUCCAGCAGGAAUACCCUCUACUGACUGGACGGCAGGUGUCGAGGGAGCAUGACGUCGAGCUCCUGUUUCGUUGGCUGGGCGAUGGCGAUGUGACCAAGCGGGCAGUCAUCAAGUUGGAUGGCGAUACUGGCGUGGAGGCACAACACCUGAAGUAG